CGACACCAAAAGCUAUCUUGCCUGGCAUAUGAACGCAGUAUAUGCGCCACAGCUGAGAUAGAGUUAAUCCCCAUUACCUGCUGCAAUCGCAGACGAACAGUGUAGGAGUGACUCUAGGUCUCUGGAGGUUCACGAAAUUACUCAUACCUACUCACGCGUGCCGGUUCGUCACGAUGUCGCACCAAUUUUCUACUCGAAUAAGACAGCACGGCAGCCUCCCGUGGGACGCUUCACAUAUGAACAUCGGCGGUGGCUACGACAUGGCCAGGCGCGAGUCUCUGCCCUCACCCUUCGAGGAGGUGUAUAUCGACGACAGUUACGACAGCACUGAUGUGUUUCCACAAGUCGAUAUGCAUACCCAGCUGUUUCGAGAUGAGCGGGAACUCACGGAUUCUCUCCGAUCCAUGACCACCGCGUCAGUCUCACACCUCUCGGUUGCGUCUGUGAACACGGUAUCGGGCUAUAUCCGAGAGUCGAAAUGCAACAGUCAGAACAUGUGCCUCAUCCUCCGUUGCACGCUCUCGAUGCCCCCCGAACAUUUCGACCGCGAGUUGGAUUUGACUGAACAAGCGCGCCGGACUCUAGAAACCGAUCCUGAUGGUUUCCUCAAGCAGUACGGCGAAUACUGCAUCACUGGCCAAAUUCGGCAGUCCUCUUUCUACGCGGUAUGUACAUAUAGCAGCACAGAGAUAGGCCAGCUUGAUGCUUUGGCUGCAGCACUAGGAGGCACAGGUACCGUCAAUCAAACGAGCUUCAGCGCCGCGGCACAAUUGAUGACGAGCAUGGCGUUGCACUCGCCAUCCGUACAAGAGACCCACAGGUUCCAUAUUGCAGGAGUGGAAGGCGAAGGAGGGUUGUCGUGGCUGGAAAAUGCUAAGAUCCCUGAAGCAUGGGAAGGCUUCCGGACUGAAUACAAGCCCAUUCCUCAAGUUGCGCUUGUGAAGCACUACUCUUCCGUCAUACCCGGAAAGAUAGACCGUCCAGUCACUGGGUACGAUGUCCCACGAGACAUAGCAGAAGCAUUAUGGCAAUGUGCCCUCCUGCAAAUGGCGGCUCGAUCGAAGGCCACCUUUCAAGGAACCCUCAUCCUGAAUUUGGAUAGAAUACAAGAGCGCCUAAGCAUCUUGACCUGUUCAGACGACGAUGAAGACCAUACGGAAGUAAACGACAUUCUUAAGACGCUGGAAAACAUCCAAGUUCAACUACGUCAACCGGCUUGGCCCGCUAUUAAAGCUGAGAUCGGCCAAUCAUCAGCGACUCCUGAGAACAAAUGGUCUCAUAGCGAAUUUGUAUGGGAUAGUUGCGGGGACGAUCUCUGGGAAUUUGGAAUUUCGCCCUCAAGAGCAGUAGAACUCGGGAUUCCAGCAGCAAAUAUCGAGACUCACAGCAAGACGUGUCAGCUCGAAGACACCGGCCGCUUGAUUACUCUCAAGCCCGACCCAAUCCGGCUUGAAACGCCGGGCAGGCGCAUAAUCGGUGCGAAACUCUUGAACAAGUAUCUCGACCCACGGCAGGGCGGAAAGUGGAUGCACGUUGGAGGCCGGCUUGGUGGCGAUACCUUCAGUGUUAAGGUUGAGACCCGCCAUAAUCGGGGAUGCCAUUGGGUUCUUACUGUUUGGUCGAUUCCGGAGGGUCUGCUGGAGGGAGAUGUGAGCGUGUAAAUCGGCG